CAUUUUGUCGAGUUUCCUUCAUCUUGUGUAGCAGAGUUUCGUGUUUCCGCGUCUUUUAGUGAAAAAAAUAUCUGAAUCAAAGAGCGUUUACUUGAAGAAAAAGAGAAAACCUUUGAAAACGUCUCAGGAGGUGAAACUGAGCCCGUAAGAAAAGUGUGAAACUUCAAACGGUGCUAGCGGAGAAGGAAUCGUACAAAAAGCUUUGAAGCCGUUGGUCCCGCGCGUUCAAAAUGAAUACGAAGAAGUUAACUAGUGAAGCAUUGGCAGGUUCCAGCAAGGGAAGCUCUCGUAAGGAUAUUAAAGCGACUAAUACCCAAAAAAACAAGUCUAACAUGAAAGGAGUGAUUGAGAAAAACACACCCGUAACAAAACGAUCGUGCCUAAGGAAGAGACCGGAGGAACGAAAGCGUUUGGCGACCCUCAGCAAGGCGAAAUCAGGCUCUUUGUCUGAGAAACAAACGAAAGAACGUGCUGUAGUGAAGACUAGUACGCUCAAGAAGACCGGUGUGUCUGGAAGAGGAUGCGCCAGGGCCAAUAUAAGGCAAAAAGUUAAGCCAGAACUAACUGGAUCUAAAGGACUCAAUAAAUCUGAGCCAAGAAGACCCAUAUUAACUCGCAGCAAAGCCAAGCUAAACCUUUUUGCUAAGGAUAAGCCUGAAUCCACCCCACUCCAAGGGCCAAGCAAGAGACGAACUCUUGAAAAGACUUCUUCCGCAAGCAGCAUUGAAGUUAUUAACAAAGAAGUGUCAGACGAGUCUCAAUCGAACGUCACCACUAAGCUAGAGUUCCAAAUAAAGUCUGAAGAAAUGGUAUCAGAUAUCAAGGCAAAACUACAUGAGGAAAUGGAUCAAGUGAAUCUGCCAGCAACUAGCUCCAGUAUGAAGAUAAAAGACUUUAUUGAUGAAGAAAGUGGUUGGCAAAUGUUUAAGAAACAUCAGAUAGAGGUUAGAAAAAUCACAGAAAUAAAGCGCAGGGCAUCGUUGAACGAUUUGCCCGAAGAAGUGAAGACGCCAGAGAGCAAGAUGAACCUAAACACCAUCGCUCGGCAAAUAAUGGCUGAGCCAGGAGGACUGGACAACAUUGAAGAGGAAGGUGAAGAUCUUGCGAGCAACGAUUUCUUUUAUGAUGAAGACACUGUUGAUUUAAGCGAUCUUUACGGCAAAACAUCUAGAUUCGUUAUGAAAGAUCAUACCAGCGGCUCCAGUGGCUAUUCCCCUGUGCAAACUUCAUAUUCGUUAAUAUCAAGCUUUACUGAGUACGGAUCCUCAGUUGGAACGCCAACAGCUGAAGUUGAAGAAACCUCUCCAGGGGCUUCUCAAGAUGCCACAUAUGUUCCGUUUCCUUUGACUUAUACACAGUUUUGUCGUGAACUCAUCAUGAAGAAGAAACACGAAAUGAUGGCGAAACCGGGGUUGCCGAACAAACGCAAACCAUCUGGCAGAGCCCUGAAAAAAUUCUGGACCAUGGGAGAUUUAGAUCAGUUUUAAAUAAGUGUUCAAUUUAUGAAAUGUUUGUUCAAUUUAAUGUUAUAAUGUACGCAAUAUGUUGUAAAAUGUGCUUCAACUAAUAAAAUUUAUUCAAAUUAA